CGUUCUUUCGCGUAACACUCAUUAAUCUUUUAGUCCGGCGUGUUGUUGUUGCUCGUUCUGUUGCUCGCGCGUUUCUGUCGUUAUUUGUUCUAAAAUGACAGCUAAUUACCACGCUAUUUCUUCUCCUGAUAAGAAGACAAUGUUGGGGCGGUUCUCCCUACCAAUAUUUGGAUACGUCGCUUUUGCGUUGGUUCUGAUCCUGUUUGGAGUAUGUACGACUCUGGACGGAAACAGUGUUCUGAAACUGGGCGAGGGAGCCAAUAACAGGACCAGGAUUAUUAUACCUGCUGGAGCUAAUGCUAUGAUGGGGUCUUACGGAAUGAUGAUGGACGCAACAGCUAUGUGUGUCAUGGGUUUUGGAUUCCUCUACGCUUUUUGUAGGAAAUAUACCUGGGGAGGCAUUGCAUUCAACUACUUGAUCUGUGGAAUGUGCUUCUUAUGGUGCCAUGUUUGCACGUGCAUCAUCCACGCUAUUUUCAACGGAGAGUUCGUCAAAACUGAAAUAAACCUUGCAGCGAUGAUAAGCGCUGAUCUGGUAACAGCAGCAGUUCUCAUCACAUUCGGAGUGAUUUACGGCUUCGUGUCUCCUUGCCAGCUCAUCGUCAUCUGUCUCUUGGAACCCCUGGCUAUGAAAUUCAACGAGCACAUCGUCGUUCAUUACCUUAACACUUCAGACGCGGGAGGCUCGAUCCUAACUCACGCAUUCGGUGCUUUCUUCGGACUGGGCUUAACCCUGGGACUUGGAGUAAAACCCAAACACAUUCCAGAGGAGAACAGGCUCACAAACUACGUGUCUGACACCUUCUCUCUGGUGGGAACUAUCGUCCUCUGGAUGUUCUGGCCUAGUUUUAACGGAUCUUUGUUGUUUGACGACGCUUCAGUUCAACACAGAGUGGUGGUUAACACCUACCUGGCUAUUUGUGCCUCUUGUGUGACCGCCAUGGUCACCAGUCACCUUGUUCACGGCGGUAAAAUCAACAUGUUGGAAGUUCAGAACGCCACUCUAGCAGGGGGUGUCUCUAUCGGUAUGAGCUGCAGCUACAACGUUGAACCUUGGGUGCCCGUCCUCAUUGGUGGUCUAGCUGGUGCUUUGUCCAGUGUUGGGUACGGACACAUUUCCGGCUGUAUGGAGAACCUGGGAGCAAUGGACAGUGCUGGAGCCACUCAGUUACAUGGAAUACCGGGAAUAUUUGGAGCUCUGGCAGCAGGGAUUGUAGUCCUCGCAACCACCAACAACCAAUACUUCGCCGCCGAUACAGUAUGGACAGAAAUGGAUGACAACACAAAUGGGAAGCAGUUUGGGAUGAUAAUAGCUUCGAUACUCGCUACUGUAGCUAUAGCCGUAGCAACUGGAAUUCUCAAUGGACUGUUGAUCCGUGUGCCAAUUUGUGAGAAAGUGGAGAGGAAAAUGUACAUCAACGAGGCACCAUACUUCGAGUUACCGGAUGAUGAAGACACCACUAUAAAAGUCUCAAGUGCUUAAUUUUCAAGCGUGUAUUAUCUCAAAGGGUCGUGUAUCAAUGUGAAACUCACAACAACGGUGAAGAUAAACUACAAGUACAGAGUGGGCCACGAAUUAC